UGGAAAACUUUACUCAGUCCUAUAUUGUGUGCUGCUCUGAAACUAGUGUCUUCGCUACGUUCCAUCUGACAGAAAUUGAAAAUAAUAACGCUUAGAUCUGAGCCAUAUCAACAAGUCUGCACAAGCCUAGACUUUGAAAACAUUUCAAUCAAAUCCAAGAAACCAUUUCCAAUGGAUCAGUCUUGUGUACCCAUCGUUGAUUUCUGGACUAGUUUCAGACCAAUUGUGCCGUACACACCAUCACCGGAUUCAUAUUAUCAUAAGCCAGAACCGGUAGAGGAAAAUCCGAGCUAUUCUGACAUCGAAGCAUUUUACGACAGCGUUGCCAACGGUAGCGGACCACCAUGUUAUAAACAAGAUUAUCCGUUCUCGUGGGAGCUACAAUCCCACAUUCCUUCCUGUUCCUACGUCCCAACUACUGACGAUGGUCCACUGGACCAGAAUAACAACAAUAACAACUAUUGUGAACUGAAGUCCUACCAGCCGUCGGAUCACUUCUCACAGCUCGAUUUGCGCGAACCGGUUGCUCAAGAAGUUAUCGUGCACACAGAAUAUAGUUCUCCUCUCUGUAAUCUUGAGCAAAAGACUGAGCAAAGUUCAUCUCAAGAAUCUUCACCGGAGACUGAUUGCAUUUCGGUCAUGGAAAAACCUAUCAAAAUCAAGCAGGAAUGUCCUGAAUAUAUUAAACAGGAAUAUUCGGAUUGCGUGAAACAAGAAUAUCAAGAAUGUUGGAAACAGGAAUAUCCGAAAAGUGUGGAGCAAGAAUAUCCAGUGUAUGUGAAACAGGAAACUCCAGAUUUUGCGGAGCAGGGAUUUCCACUUGAAAUCGUAGAGACAGUGUUCUCAAAAAAGACAUCAUCUGCGAAACUUCCUAUGCAAAAACGCAUUUCUGCCAAAUACACCAACCCAACUGGUGUUUAUGCCUGCCCAUUGUGCGAUCGUACUUUCAGCGGCAAAGGCGGCCUGACUCAGCACUACAACGCCCACCAUUCUGGUCCCAAGGAACAGCGAUGCGGCACAUGCGGCAAGCGGUUUUGUUUGUUGGAAGAUUUGGAAAAGCACCAACGUCGCCAUGAGGAGCUACAAAAGUCCAUUGUCUGUGAGUACUGCCCGAAAAAGUUCAACUACAAGUUCGACAUGAUUCGCCACGUGAAAGCGGUCCAUACGGAGGCAACCCAUAAAUGCCACCACUGCGGUAAAGGUUUUGUACGGCGAGAUCAUUUGCAGCUGCACGAAAACAAACACCGCCGCAAGUUGAACAACGAUGCUGCCGAACUGCUUCUACCGAAGAACAAAAAGAAGCAAGGAAAGAAGGUUGAUGCGUUGCGUGAUUCGUGGGAGGGGAUGGAGCAACGUGAAACAGUGACGAAAUAAAUAAACAUUGUUACCAAA